CAAUCCAAACCACCGCCUGUUGCAGCCGAGGUCACAUUUCAAGUGAAGCCAGAGCGAUGUGAUCGCACUCUCAGUCCGCUGCAGGAGGGCAGCGUGAGUGGUCACUCCCGGAGGCUCGUCUCUCUUAACCAGCAGCACGGGAUUUGUGUGUCGCUGGCCGCUGUCUGCAGACAUGUGGAAACUGAAACCUCCGCUAGAAAUGCCACUCAGUCUCAAGUACAACUACAUUUUGGAGCAAUUAACUCCGCACGGUCCUGCAAUUACUGGAAACAAAUUGUCAGUCGAAGAAGAAUUUCCAAACUUGAGCAAAAAUCAGACAUGUAUGGCAAAUGUUCUCACAGUCCAAAUGUACAAGAGACUGAGGGGGCGGGCAACCCAAAGUGGCUUCACACUGGAUGAUGUUAUCCAGCCUGGUGUGGAUCAAUCUGAGCAUUCUUGUGUCAGAAUGCCAGGCUGUGUGGCUGGAGAUGCAGAAUCAUAUACUGUCUUCAUGCAGUUCUUUGAUCCUCUAAUUGAACUUUAUCACAGUGGUUACCAGGCAAGUGAAAAGCAUACGAGUGACAUGAAUCCAGAAAACUUAAAGGGUGGAUCUGAUUUAGAUGGACACUAUGUGCUGGGGUGCAGCGUAAGCGCUGGACGCAAUGUGGAUGGUUUUAGUUUCCCACCACAUUGCAGCCGCGGGGAGAGGCGUGCACUGGAAGAGCUGGCGAUAGCAGCCUUCCAUGAGAUGGAUGAUGAAUUUAAGGGCACUUACCAUUCAUUGAAGAACUUGAGUGAGGAAGACUGUCAGGAUCUGACCAAUGCUGGAAUCCUUACUGAUAAUCUUGUUACUCCAAAGAUGUUUUCAUCUGGAAUGGCCAGAGAUUGGCCAGAUGCACGGGGAGUCUGGCACAAUGAUAUGAAAAAUGUUAUUGUUUGGGUCAAUAAAGAAGACCAUCUUCGUAUUACAUUCAUGCAACAGGGAGGAAAUUUGAAACAAGUUUUUACACAGUAUUCUUUGGGUAUUAAAAUGCUUGAAGAAAUAUACUGUCAGAAAAAGCACCCUUUCAUCUGGAAGGAUAAUCUAGGUUAUGUGUUGACCUGCCCGUCUGAACUUGGCACGGGCUUACGGGCAAGUGUCCACAUUAGGCUGAAGUACAUCAGUAAGCAUGAGAAGUUUGAUGAGAUCUUGCAGAGACUACGUCUAGAAAAACUCACUGGUGAUGCCUUUGCUUCCACUGAAAGUGGUGUUUGUGAUAUUUCUAAUUCGGACAGAAUUGGUUUUUCCGAAGUUCAACUAUUGCAGUUUCUUGCUGAUGGCGUUAAACUGUUGAUCAACAUGGAUAAAAAUAUUCAACAGGGAAAGUCUAUUCAUGACCUUCUUCCUGCUCACAAGUAGAUGGAUGUAUAUUUAGUAAAAUAAAAUUACACUUUCUUUAAAGUUUCAAGCCAUGAAUUGUGGGAAUUAUUUUUUUUUUGUAACAAUGCUUUGAAUUAGUUUGUUUACCAAAAAAAGACUUGAUAAAAAUAUAAUAAGAAAUGUUUCUUAAUCUGUUAAGAUGGGCUUAUGAUAAAAUAUUUCCACAGCAUUUUCAAAAAAUACACUGCAACCAUCAUCUUGAGCUAAAAAUGCUGAUUCAUGCAUUUCAUACAUGCUGUAGCAAACUAAAGACAGUCAGCUAACUUUAAAUCCAUUUCCUCCUCGUUCCUUUAAUAAGCUUGAAAAUACAACUUAAAAAUGCUUAAAAUGCAAGCUAAAAGCUCCUAUGUAAAUCUAAGUGUAGGAAACUAACUAAACCAGGACAGUAAAAGAC